UCCACAGGGAAGUCGCUUUCGUCACUGCCGGAGAAACCCGAACCUCUCCGACCAGUCUAGUAUGUAAACAAGGUCAGACACUGCAGCAUAGUACAGUCCAAACGGUUUGUAUCCUGGGUGGCAAAGACAAGAGGCGAACAAAACGUCUUUACUUUAUCAUCCCAGUGAGGAGCGGGGACUCUUACAGAUCAGCCAGGAUGAUGCAGUGUUUUCACUUCAUGCUGGAGCCGGCCAAAAGCUUGACAGCCAAGAUAAAGGAAUCACACAAGAAGAAGAAGGAGGAGAGGGAGCCUCUGUGUGAGGAUCAGUUAUUUGUUGUGGAUCUGGCAAAAGACUUCAGCCGAGUGUGUCAGAGGUCCUCAGUCCUCGAGCACAUCUGGAACCUGGAAGACACCUGGCCAACCUCUCUCUGCAGGGCCUUCAUCCUACAAUGGGCCUCGGUGCUAGAGAGCAAGAAGAGGCCCAUGCAGACUGAUGGCUGGCCAGAGAUGGAUGAGGGCAAACUGCCUGAUCUGAUUACUGAGCAGGACCUGCUGCAGGCCAAGGCAGUGAUCCUCAACUGGAUCAAAGACCUGAGAGCUCAGCCUGAGCAAAGUGUGUGGCCUGGUGAACCUGUGGUAAAGGUUCUGGAGGACCUGCAGUCAGCCUGGCGGUGGGGACGUGUGCCCAAUCUGCUGACUGCUAUGGAGCUGGUCAUGUGGACUUUAAUACUACAGUGUCUAGAUAAGGAUACCAUACCACAGCAGUGGCUCAUGUGGAAGCAGCGGACUCAGAAGAUCGGUGCCAUAUCCUACAUUCCUCAACCAGUGUGGGACUGGAUGUCAAAUGCUGCAGCUGAGGUGACUCUGGAUCUAGACACAGCCAACCCAGAUCUGCUCAUAUCCUGUGAUGAGAAGAGGAUGCGCUGUGGCUUUGAGAGGAAGGAAGUUCCCAACUACCACCAACGCUUUGAUGGCUGGUGGUGUGCUGUUGGGGUGGAGGGCUUCAGCUCCGGCCGCCACUACUGGGAAGUGGAGGUAGGUGAGCGGGACUGGCGGCUGGGAGUGGCUAAAGAGUCAGCCCUGAGGAAAGGCUUCAAGUCGCUGAACACCAACACAGGGUAUCUGACCCUGCGGCUGGAGAGGGGCACAGAGCUGAAGGCGCUGACCGUGCCCUUCACUGCCCUACCACCAGACCUCAUCCCCCGCAAGGUGGGCAUCUACCUCGACUACGACUGCGGCCAGCUGUCCUUCUAUGACGUGGACAAACACUUCCACAUUUACACCUACAAUGAACACUUCACUGAGAAGCUGUUCCCCUUGUUCGGUACGGUGGAGAUCAUCAAGGAUCUGGUGAUCAGGUCCCCAGCAGCUAAAAACCAGUGUCUCUGCUCCACAUCCUGCCUGUGGGGUUGAGUUUCCUUCAUCUCCCCCUUCUUCCUUUACAACCCAGUAGACAUCAUGAUAAAGUAAAAUGAAUCAGGUUCUAUAAUAAUGUAAGUGAAAUCAGCGAUCCUGAUGUAAAAGACCAUCAUUGUGCUAUUUAAUAGCUCAACCAUGUGACCAUGCUUUAUGCUGCUUGUGAUGAAUGUGAUUGUUGCUGCCACUUUCUCUUUAUGGUUAUAGUGUUACCCUUUGCUCACAUAAUGUAUUUUAAUAUAUUAAAAAAAGUUGAGCAUUAAUGUACUGUAAUGUGCAGUGUCAAUCCUGCAGUGAGAAUGCACUCUGAAUAAUAAACGCACCAAGUGUA